UAUCCGAAAAGCAACUAUGCAGGAAUUCUCAAUUCUCGUGAUAAUUGCCCCAAGACACCCAAUCCGGAUCAACGCGACUCGGAUGGCGACGGCCUUGGCGACGCUUGCGACAACUGUCCCAAUACGCCCAAUCCCAAUCAAUUCGACAGCGACAGCGAUUUGGUCGGCGACGUCUGCGACACAAACAUCGAUCGUGACAAGGACGGUAUCCAGGACUCUUUGGACAACUGCCCAACAAUUCCCAACAGCGACCAGCGUGACGCCGAUAACGACGGCCUGGGUGACGACUGCGAUCCGGAUGCCGAUAACGAUGGCAUCCGCAACGAGAAGGACAACUGCCCGAUCGUCUAUAACCCCGAUCAGGUGGAUACGGACCGCAACGGAGUCGGAGACGCUUGCCAGGACGAUCAGGAUGCGGAUAACGUGCCCGAUUUCUUGGACAAUUGCCCGAACAACUCAAAGAUCUACGCCACCGACUUCCGCACGUACCAGACGGUCAUCCUCGAUCCGGAGGGCGAUUCCCAGAUCGAUCCUAACUGGGUCAUUUACAACAAAGGCGCCGAAAUCGUCCAGACGAUGAACAGCGAUCCGGGUUUGGCCGUCGGCUUCCAUCGCUUCGGCGGAGUCGACUUUGAGGGCACAUUCUUCGUUGACACCGAGAUCGACGACGACUAUGUUGGCUUUAUUUUCAGCUAUCAGGACAACACUCAUUUUUACACCAUCAUGUGGAAGAAGAACACGCAGACCUACUGGCAGGCAACACCUUUCCGGGCCGUCGCCGAGCCCGGCAUCCAGCUCAAAUUGGUCAAGUCUAAUACAGGACCGGGUCAGAUGAUGAGGAACUCGCUUUGGCACACGGGCGACACCGAAAAUCAGUUGAAAUUGCUGUGGAAAGAUCCCCGCAACGUUGGAUGGAAGGAGAAGGUGGCCUACCGCUGGCUGCUGCUCCAUCGGCCCAAGAUCGUCUUGAUCCGUCUGCGUAUCUUCGAAGGAGAAAAUAUGGUGGCCGAUUCGGGCAACGUCUUUGACUCUACCCUCAAGGGCGGUCGAUUGGGUGUCUUCUGCUUCUCGCAGGAGAUGAUCAUCUGGUCCGAUUUGGUUUACCGAUGCAACGACGCCGUGCCUGAAGCCAUCUACAAGGAACUUCCACCCCGACUGCAGAAGGAGGUACAGGUGGACCGCACACGGGCACCGAGUCUUUCCGCCAACUGAGCCGGGAAAAACCAAUUUAAAAUUGCUGCACGAAAAUGGAACAAAAACAAAACAAAAGAAAUAGAAAGAAAAGAUAAUCAAACGAAAGAAAUCAGCAUCUUACUCUUCACAAAUUCCUCCAAGAGAACAAUGAAAUAAAGCCAUUUGAAGAGGAAAUCAUAAAAAAAAAAUAAAAACAAGUCGACGACGUGUGUAGAGAAAAUUCUGAUUCUUGUUUUUUCAUGGUUAAUAUGAAUUUGUUUGGCUUUUUGUUGGUUUUCAAAAUGGGAAGACGCAAUCCCAGCCUGCCAUUUUUCAUUUUUCGUUCAAUAGUUAACACAUAUAAACACAAGAAUAACGAAAUAUGGAAAGAAGAAGAAAAAACACGUACAAAAAAGUACAUGCACAUUUUUAUUUUUAUUUUUUUUUGAUCCCACGUUUUGAAUCUAUUUUUCUUAUUGUCUUAAAUGAAUUUCGGAAAUGAGAAUGUUUUAAAAUUUGUAGUAUCAACGACGAUGUGGUGGAGGAGGUCAAAACCAGCUUGUAACCAACACUAUUUUUUCUAAAAGCAGCGUAUUAAUAUCAAUGUGUAUCGCAAUCACUGAAAGCAGAAAACGAAAAAAGAAAACAAAGGGAAAUAUUGGUUCCCUGGAUCCCUUUCACAAUCAAUGCUUGCUCAUUAUGAAUAUAUAUGCCUUUUUUUCCUCUUUCCUCCCUCAACAACACACCAACCAAACAAACAAAUGAAA